GGACCGAAGCUUCUCCACGCUUCUCUUCUCCCCUGUCCACCCAGUCCCUCUCCCCCAUCGAGCUCAUAUAUCUCCCGCCAUCACACUCUCGUUUGCCACAACCACAAGCCCAACUGCACGGCGAGCGGGAUUGGAUCAGUCAGUAGCGGCGCUAGAGAGAGGUAACAGAGGGAUUGGAUUGGUGGCUGGCACUUUGAUUUGCUUAGCGCGCGACGAAGCAAGCUAAGCGAGCGCGAUGGUGGUGCUCAUGGAGUACGCCCCCGGCGUCGGCGCGACCAUGAAGAGGAAGGGAGAGGAGGAGCCGGGGCUGUUCGCGUUCCCCGAUGACGGCGACGGCGGCAGCGUUCCGGUUUCCUGCCGUGCCACCAAGAUGAGGCGUCUGGAGGGUGCCGGCGCCGGCCACGAUGUGCCGGCGGCAGCGGCCGUUGAGACGGAGGGCGACGUAAUGAUGGCGGAGGAGCCGCCGGCGCCGUCCCUCGGGGCCGUGGAAGGGGAAAAGAGGGCUGUGGUGGUGUACGGCCCGGCAGUCGACGCCGCGUGCACUGGUGGCCGGCUCGGCCUUCUCGGCCAAUGGCGGCUCCGCCCGUGGGCGCCCCUGAGCGCCGGCGCCGAGUGGAUCCGUGACAUGCUGCGCGAGGCGGAUGGCCGCACGGUGCGGGCGGUGCUGUCCAGCGCUCAGGAAGGGGGCGGCGCCGACCUGGCCCUGGUCCCUUGGGGCGCCGCACACGUGCCGGCAGAGGCGAAUCAGGCGUCCACGGCCGCGGAGACGGUGGACGGGGAAGAGGACGCCGAGGGAACGGCAGCGAUGGACGUCGAAGAGGAGAGGGACCAUCAUCAGGCCCAGGCGGUCGGGGCCGGCUGCGGUGAGGGGUACUUGUGCCGGUGGCCGCAGCACUGUAUGGCGCCGCCUCCGUUGCCGGCGGUUCGCCAGGCGACCCCGGCUGUGUGGUCGUGGUGAACCGCGCGUGGCUGGACGACUACGACCGACGGAAUUGAUAUGUUCCUCUUUGCCGAUGCGUGUCGCGUCGAUUUGUGUUUGUGGUGUCCAGUUCGUCGAAAUCAGAGCAAGAUCAUCUCUUUUCUGACGGAAAGACCUUCCUGCCCAGCUUUAUUAAAAUUCAAAUAAUGCUAAGAAUGAAA